GAGCCGUUCAUGCCAGCCGGCCGUCCAACUCGACCUCCUUUGUGAACCAGAAGAAAGAAGGAACGACCAACAAGAGGAGAGGCCAUAAAAACCCUCGAAACUCCUCUCUCCUCCUCCUCCUCCUCCGCCGAUAACAGAUCCUCAUCCUUCUCCUCUCCCAUCCGAGACAGCAAGCACCAGCACUGCCAUGGCCGGAACAGCUAAGGCCCUCGCCCUCCUCUGCUUCCUCUCCGCACUGGCCAUCGCCCAUUGCGAGCACUUCAUAGUGCAGGGCCGCGUCUACUGCGACACCUGCCGCUUUGGCUUCGAGACCAAGGCCAGCACUUAUAUCCCAGGAGCAAAGGUGAGGGUAGAAUGCAAGGACAGGACGACGGGGCAGAUGACGUAUAGCAUCGAGGGGAUAACGGACGAGACGGGGACUUACAAGAUUCCGGUGGAGGAGGACCGGCCGGACGAGAUAUGCGAGGCGAUCCUGGUGAGCAGCCCGAUCAGCGACUGCAAGGAGUUCGAGAGCGGGAGGGAGAGGGCGCGCAUCCUCCUGACCAAGGACAAUGGCAUCUCCAACCACGUCCGCUUCGCCAACUCCCUCGGCUUCAUCAAGGACAAGCCCCUCCCCGGCUGCUCCGAGCUCCUCAAGCAGUACGAGCUCGACGAAUGAUCAAAUGGAAGAACAAAUUCAAAAACGUGAAGGGCCAUGAAUCUUUGUGGGCUCUUUCAAUAUCUAACGAUUAUCGAUCCCCUUGAUUCCUUUUCUUCAUCUAAAUCUUGUUUUGUAAUUUGUGCUGAUCUAAUAAACAAAAAAAAUGUUAUCGA